AUGGACGCUGAAAAGUUUACAUCUCAGAGCAAAAACUUCCCCAAGAAGAAGUGCGGUGUGCUCGGCGCGACUGGCUCCGUCGGCCAGCGCUUCAUCCUCCUUCUUGCGCUACACCCACACUUCGAGCUACACGCCGUUGGAGCCUCCGAGCGAUCAGCCGGCAAGAAAUACAAAGAUGCGGUCAAGUGGAAGCAGGCGCUGCCCUUCUCGGAGCGCAUUGGAGAGCUGGUGGUGAAGAAGUGCACACCGGAAGAGUUCAAGGACUGUGACAUGGUCUUCUCUGGUCUUGACAGCGAUGUUGCUGGUGACGUUGAGAUGGCCUUCCUCAAGUCCGAACUCGCCGUCUUCUCCAACGCAAAGAACUACCGCCGCGACCCUCUCGUGCCGCUCGUCGUACCCACCGUAAACCUCCCCCAUCUCGAUGUCAUCAAGCACCAACGGCAACACCACAAGCUGGAGAAGGGUUUCCUCGUCUGCAACUCCAACUGCGCAGUUAUCGGUCUCGUCAUACCCUUCGCAGCGUUACAAGCCAGGUUCGGUCCCAUAGACCAAGUUUCUGUCGUCACAAUGCAGGCCGUUUCCGGCGCUGGCUACCCCGGUGUAAGCAGCAUGGACAUCAUCGACAACGUCGUGCCUUUCAUAUCAGGCGAGGAAGACAAGCUCGAGACAGAAGCAUCGAAGAUCCUGGGUAGCGUCAACGACGAUAUCACAGGAUUCGUAGAUCAGCCCAUGAAGGUGUCCGCAGCAUGCAACCGCGUGCCGGUAUUAGACGGCCACACUGCAUGUGUAUCGCUACGUUUCCAACGCCGUCCGCCACCGAGCGCGGAAGAAGUCAAGCAGGCAAUGCGCGAGUACGUGUCUGAUGCACAGAAGCUGGGUUGCCCGUCUGCGCCCGCGAAGGCGAUUGUGGUUAUGGAGGAGCCGGAUAGGCCACAACCAAGGCUGGACAGGGAGACGGAUAGGGGGUACGCGGUCAGCGUUGGUAGGAUAAGAGAGGAUGAGGCGGGCAUCUUCGAUCUCAAGUUCGUUGCUUUGAGCCACAACACGGUCAUUGGAGCAGCGGGAUCGUCGAUAUUGAACGCGGAGGCGGCGGUGCUGAAGGGAACCGUCACAAUGGCCCGUGGACCCGUCAAGCACCAGAAGCGCCUCAGCGCGCCCUCGCACUGGCUCCUGGACAAGCUGUCCGGUGCCUAUGCUCCCAAGGCCUCCCCCGGUCCUCACAAGCUCCGCGACUCCCUUCCCCUCAUCAUCUUCCUCCGCAACCGUUUGAAGUAUGCGCUUAACGCCCGCGAGGUCAACGCCAUUCUCAUGCAGCGCCUCGUCAAGGUCGACGGCAAGGUCCGCACCGACUCCACCUUCCCCUCGGGGCUGAUGGACGUUAUCUCCAUCGAGAAGACCGGCGAGAACUUCCGCCUGAUCUACGACACCAAGGGCCGCUUCACCGUCCACAGGAUAACAGAUGAGGAGGCACAAUACAAGCUCGGCAAGGUCAAGCGCGUCCAGCUUGGCAAGGGCGGAAUUCCCUACUUGGUUACGCACGAUGCGCGAACAAUCCGCUACCCCGACCCAGCCAUCAAGGUCAACGACACCGUCAAGGUCGACCUCGCCACUGGCAAGAUCUCCGACUUCAUCAAGUUCGACACUGGUGUCAUUGUCAUGGUUACCGGUGGUCGUAACAUGGGUCGUGUCGGUGUCAUCACUCACCGUGAGCGCCACGACGGAGGCUUCAACAUUGUCCACUUGAAGGACGCUGUUGACAACGAGUUCACCACUCGUGAGUCCAACGUCAUCAUCAUCGGAAAGGAGAAGCCAUGGAUCUCUCUGCCCAAGGGUAAGGGUGUCAAGCUCUCCAUUGCUGAGGAGCGUGACCGCCGCAGGGCGUACGCCAUUGCUCACUAA